AGACAUGCCAUCCACCAAGCCGCCCAGGGUGGUCACCUUGAGUGUGUCCGUUUUCUCCUCGCCGCUGGCGCCCCUAUUAUUGACCAAGGCGAGGAGGACGACGCCUCCGCCCUUUGGGUUGCCUGUCAGGACGGCCAUGGAGAAGCCGUGGGGCUGCUGAUCAGUCACGGCGCUGAUGUGAACAAGCCCAGAUUCGGCAGCCGGCGUCGACCCAUCCAUCAAGCUGUGCAGAACGGCCACCUGAAGGUUGUCGGGCUCCUUCGUGACCAUGGUGCCGACCUUGACGCUGGUGAGAGUGACGGCGCGACACCUUUGUGGUUAGCCAGUCAGCAGGGCUUUAUCGACAUUGUCAACAUCCUG